AUGGCAAAUUCAUUACAAAAUUGUAAGUUGUUACUAACCGUUGGUCAAGCUUUUGUUAAAUCAUGGGAAACGAUUAUAGAAAAGGUGCAAGAAGAAGAAGAAGAAGAACAAGAAGAAGAGGAAUUCGAAUCUAGGCAACCUAAGACGCGGAAGAUGAUUCUCAGAGAUCGUUGGGAUGCAAACACUCGCAUGUCGCCCAUAUUCAAUGGGUUUUGUGAUGGGUCCGCACCUAGCUGUCAUUUUCAAGUGAAUGGAACGACGUAUAUUUAUGGGUAUUAUCUUGUUGAUGGUAUAUACCCUGAAUUUGUUGUGUUUGUGAAGACGCUUACAUGUCCAGGUGAUCCAAAAUGCAUAAAGUAUAAAACGUACCAAGAAAAGGCUCGGAAGGAUGUCGAACGAGCAUUUGGAGUCCUCAAGAAGUGUUGGCGUAUACUACAACAUCCGACUUGUCCUCGAAGUGUGGAAAAGCUCGCUUGUAUUAUGUAUGCGUGUAUCAUUUUACAUAAUAUGAUUUUGAAAGACGAGCACAAAAUAAUUUGUCAGUUUCAACCAAAGGACGGUGCAUCCUCUAGUACGCUAAUACCACCUGGUUCCAUCUUAUGGCGUGCAAGAAGAAGGCCGAUAUGUGACAAUCAAAAACACCACGAGCUUCGCAACGAUUUGACAGAACACAUAUAUCGGGUUAAUGAAAUUGAUUUAAAUGAGCCAAUGGACAAUGAUAUCGGUGAAUAUUCGGACUGA